AGUUUCCCUACAUGAGGUAUGAUUUACGAAAGGAAGAAGGCGUAGGAUGAGAGCGUGGACUACAAUCGUUGAUCUAUAACGUGUGGGAAGAAGAGGAGUUGGCCUCCCCAGUCCAUGAAAGGUUUGGACCAACCAUUUGCUAUAACUAUAUGUAUCCACACCUGUUAUUGCAAUUUUUAACACAGCCUCGGAGAAAAACCCGUCGAACCAUUUCCAUAAUUUCCCCCCCUCAGUCACUUACCCCGGCGGCGCCACCGUCACCGCCACCGCCAACCCUCCAUGACACAAACAUCAGCCAAACAAUACCACAAUCUCUGAGACAGGAAUCUCGUACAGACAAAUAAAUUUAUUGAUCAAUCCGAAACGUUGUUUGGUCGCUAGCGAGCGCGUGAGGGUCCGCUGCAACCAUGUCGAGCAUCGUCAAGGAGAUCCUGGCGAGCCCGAUACAAAUGGCGGACCAGGUAUCGAAGAUGGCGGAGGAGGCCCAGAAUUUCCGACAGGAAUGUCUCGAGCUCAAAUCCAAAACGGAGAAGCUCGCAGGGCUCCUCCGCCAGGCCGCGAGGAACAGCAGCGACCUAUACGAGCGUCCCACGCGGCGCAUCAUCGACGACACCGAACAAGUCCUGGACAAGGCCCUCAUACUCGUCACCAAAUGCCGCGCCAACAGUGUCAUCAAAAGACUCUUCACCAUCAUCCCCGCCACAGCCUUCCGCAAGACCUCCAUGCAGCUAGAGAAUUCCGUGGGCGAUGUCCAGUGGCUCCUCCGCGUCUCUGCCUCCGCCGACGAGCGUGACGACGAGUACCUCGGGCUUCCCCCCAUCGCUGCCAACGAACCCAUCCUCUGCCUCAUCUGGGAACAGGUUGCCAUUCUCUUGUCCGGUGCCCCCUUGGAAGAUCGCAACGACGCCGCCGCUUCAUUGGUUUCGCUCGCUCGCGACAAUGACCGUUACGGGAAACUGAUCAUCGAAGAGGGUGGCGUGCCCCCGCUGUUGAAGCUUCUGAAGGAAGGACACUUGGAAGGACAGGAGAACGCUGCGAGAGCCAUUGGGCUUCUCGGGAAAGACCCUGAAAGUGUGGAACACAUUGUGAACGCCGGUGUUUGUUCAGUGUUUGCCAAAAUCCUCAAAGAUGGUCACAUGAAGGUUCAAGCGGUGGUGGCCUGGGCUAUUUCUGAACUCGCUGCCAAUCACCCCAAAUGCCAGGAUCAUUUUUCUCAGAACAAUGCCAUACGCUUGCUCGUUAGCCAUCUCGCCUUCGAGACCAUUCAAGAGCAUAGCAAGUACGCUAUUGCCAACAAGGCCAGGUCCAUUCACACCUUAGUUUUGGAGAGUAAUACAACCAACACGCAUGAAUAUGAAGAUGAUAAGAACGUUGCCCUUCGUCCAACGGGGACAAAUACAUCCACUCAGAUGCACAACGUGGUUUCGAACACCAUGGCAAUGAAGGGCAUUGCCCAAAAAAAUAAUGCCACUGCCACGGCUGGGACACCGCAUAACAGCGGCGUUACAAACGCGAAAAAACAUCAAGGUGGGACACCGCACGUGUCAAUUGCUGGGACGAGUAUCAAGGGGAGGGAAUACGAAGACCCCGUCACAAAGGCAGAGAUGAAGGCGAUGGCAGCCAGAGCCUUAUGGCAACUGGCGAGGGGUAACUUGAGUGUGUGUAGGAGCAUAACAGAAUCAAGGGCUCUUCUGUGUUUCGCAGUUUUGCUGGAAAAGGGUCCCGAAGACGUGCAAUCUUACUCUGCGAUGGCGUUAAUGGAAAUAACGGCCGUGUCGGAGCAACAUGCAGAGCUGAGACGCUCUGCAUUCAAACCCACAGCCCCUGCUGCAAAGGCUGUUCUUGAUCAGCUUCUUAGAGUGAUAGAAAACGAACAAGAUGACCUGCUCAUACCUUGCAUAAGAUCCGUUGGUAAUUUGGCGAGAACUUUCAGAGCCACGGAAACAAGACUGGUUGGGCCAUUGGUGAAACUCCUUGACGAAAGAGAAGCCCAUGUUAGCACGGAAGCGGCAAUUGCACUCAACAAAUUUGCAUGCACGGAAAACUACCUCCACGAGAACCACUGCAACGCCAUCAUAGAGGCUGGGGGCGCCAAGCACUUGAUUCAACUGGUUUACUUUGGGGAGCAAAUGGUUCAGAUUCCUUCCGUGACUCUCCUUUGUUACAUAGCGCUCCACGUCCCCAAGAGCGAGACACUGGCGCAAGAAGAGGUUCUCAUAGUUCUGGAGUGGUGCACCAAGCAGGCACAUCUCGUGGAGGAACACAGCAUCUUACAACUGCUACCAGAAGCUAAGAGUAGACUCGAACUCUAUCAAUCAAGAGGAAGAGGAUUCCGUUGAACUGCUCAACCAUGAAAUCUGUAACUCCAUCCCGUCUUCUUUUACUUUUACGGAUUGCAUGAGUUUAUGUAUAUAUUCCAGGGUGCUUGCCCCUCAAAUUAAUCU